UAAGCAUGUAAGUAUGUAUCACUAUUUAGCAUUGCUUUUUGUUGCAAAGGUGAUAUAAUUCAUGAGCCAAUACCCUAGGUAUUCUUUCAACAAGAGAUUCAUAGUUUCUCUUGAAUCUUCACACGUGGAAAGCACUUUUCAACACACUUGUGACCACUUUAAAAAACCCUCAAAACUUUCUUUUUUCAAAGUAGUUUUUAUUAUUUUCACCUUAUGCCCGUGUCUCCAACUGCAAAUUAAACUAUAUUUAUUCCACCCCCAACUAACCAGAUCUGAAUAAUUAUCUCAUGAAAUUUAUAUGGAGGAAUAAUAUGAAUGAGAAGAUUAGAGAGAGUACACCAUAAUGGACUUGUUGAAACAACAACGCCCAAGAAAGCUGAACUUGAAUGCACCACUUUUAUCAACAAAGCGUUACGGUUUUUCUUCACCGUCAGAUAAUAAUUCACUGUGUGCAGGUGCAGGAGUUCCAUUUUCGUGGGAGCAAGCACCAGGAAAGCCAAAGCACAAUGACAAGAAUGAUUACGCCGAAGGCGGCGACACCCCUCGGCCAAGACUUCCACCACCGGUCGCUGAUGUUAGCGACGAUGACGACGACGAUGACGACGACGAGGUUUACUCAGAUGCUAUGGAUGUUUUCUCUCUUUCAGAAGCUCUGGACAUUGUUCAAAAGAAAUCAGAGAAGGCGCGUUACAAUAACAACAGUAACACUAACGAAGGAUUGUUGCGAUUAAAGAUUCAAGAAUCUGACGGUUACCAAUCGCCGACUUACAUGAUCAACCGCUUCCUUCCCGAUGCGACGGCGUUGGCCGCCUCCUCCGCAUUGCAUUUUCCGAGCAACUGCGACGAGAAAGGUUGCGAAACGUGCAGUUACCAAGAAUGUUGUUUAUCAUCAGCAAGAUCCUCCGGCGUGAGAAAUGAUAAUUAUAACGAUAAUGCUUAUUCUUAUUCUUAUUCUUACUCUCCGAAAGCUUGUUAUUGCGGCCUUGAGGUUCUGUUGCCGUGGCGCGUGAAGCAUAAGCUUUGUUCCAUGAAGAACCCUGUAUUGUUGCCGCCUCUUAAGAAGAAGAAGGCGGAGGAGCAUAAUCAGCGCGGUGGCGCCAAGCAGAAGAAGCAUCGGCGUCGUUCUUCGUCAUCAACACUUACACACUUGCCUUGUACAAAUUCUAAAGAGGAUAGUAUAUGAUUGUUAUUAGUAGAGUUCUUUCUUAA